AUGACAUGGUCUCAUACUCGUAUAAAAAUACCAAGAAAUCGUGAAGCCGGAGAUAUACUUCUCUGGAAUGACUACUUUUCUGACAACCCCACCUACCCAGCUAACAUAUUUCGUAGGAGAUUCAGAAUGCGGCGAGAAUUGUUCAACCGAAUAUUGGCAGAUGUGGUGUCUAGAAAUCCUUAUUUUGCUCAAAAAAGAGAUGCUUGUGGCAUUCUUGGAUUAUCCCCUCAUCAGAAAGUAACUGCAGCAAUCCGAAUGUUAGCUUAUGGAUGUGCAGCAGAUGCAAUAGAUGAGUAUUUACGCAUUGGAGAAACCACCGUUUUAGAAGCAACCCGUCGGUUUUGCAAGACGAUUGUGAUUGCUACUAUUGUGAUGGCCAUUAAACAACCAGAUACACCGAAAAAAUAUAAAUUUUCAUCGAUGCAAGAGGGAGCACGGAAAGAUGUAGAGCGUGGAUUUGGUGUACUGCAACAACAAUUUGCCAUUGUCAAACAACCUGCACGAAUGUGGAACCCGGAUGUGCUUGCCUAUAUAAUGAAAACGGUUAUUAUUUUACAUAAUAUGAUAGUGGAGGAUGAGCGUCUUCCCGGUGAUUGGCCACAUGAAUAUGACUCACGUAGCAGGUCGGCACCGGUGAAUAUAUCGAGGGUAGGUACUGAGGAACUUUCCAGAAUGAGAGCUGCACAUCGGCGUCAUGCUAUACACAAUAAAGAAACACAUUUUCGCUUGCGUCAAGAUUUAAUCGAACACAUAUGGUCAAAUUUUGGAGAUAAUUAUUAA